AUGGCUCCCUCAUCGGUCGCCAAGAAGCGCAAGGUCUUGGAUGGCAUGCAGGGCAAAACCAAUCGCCCCAACAAGAAGUUCAGAAAGCAGCGCGGCUACCACAGCUCCGAUGAAGAGGACAAUGACGACGAAACUGCUUUCAAGGGUGUCAGUCUAGCCGAUUCAGAUGCAGAGGACAAUGUGAAGGCGAGACCCCCGCAGAAGAAGACCAAGGCGUCAGGACAGAAUCAGAAACCGAAGGUCGCAGAGGUGGAACAAAAAGAGGCAGAAGAAAGCAAUGCAGACUCUGACGGCGGCGACGACGCGAGUGACAAUUCUGAAGGAGAAGAUGGUGAAGGCGCCUCGAAAGGAAGAAACGUGCAGAAGAGAAACGAUCCCUCCGCAUUCUCGACAUCCAUUUCCAAAAUUCUGUCCACCAAGCUCCCCACCUCCGCGCGUGCAGACCCCGUCCUGUCGCGCAGUAAAUCUGCCUCCCAGACAACAACUGAUUUCGCAGACGAAAAAAUCGACAGACAGGCGCGCGCCAAACUCCGGGCCGAAAAGAAGGAGGAAUUGGAUCGUGGUCGCAUCCGCGAUAUCAAGGGUAUUGAGCGGGGCCAGGCUGGUCCCGUAGCUGAGGAGGAGAAGCGUCUUCGCAAGAUUGGGCAGCGUGGUGUGGUCAAGCUGUUCAAUGCUGUCCGGGCUGCGCAGGUUAGGGGUGAAGAGGCUGCUAAGCAGGAAAGAAAGAGAGGAACAGUUGGAAUAGGAGAGCGUGAAAAAGCCGCCAACGAGGUUAGCAGACAGGGGUUCCUUGACCUGAUUAGUGGGAAGAAGGGCAAGCCGUUGAACAUUGAGGAGGCUUGA